UCUAACAGAUCAAUGUUGGAAUUUACUCUCCAACUACAAGAUUUGAUGUUUCAUGCCAGUUGAUGUUCAUGCCAUGUUCUUUCAUUAAAAACCAAUCAUCAUUGAAGCAACUUCCAACAAAAUGGCAUCCAAUAUAACAGCUCAGUCAGUGCUAGCAGAGAUAAGUCAGGAUCAUCUUGAAUGUCCAAUUUGCAGUGGACGCUUCAAGCAACCCAAACUACUGGAGUGUUCUCAUUCAUUUUGUCUUGAAUGCCUUCAACAACUCAGACAGAAUAGUCCAAGUACUACAAGGCUUUCAUGUCCAGUGUGUAGACAAGAAACUCUAAUAAAUGAAAAUGGCAUUGAUGAUCUCAAAACCAAUUUAAUAGUCCUUUCAUUGAUAGAAGCUAUUGAAACACAGGAAAACGAACUGACACAACAACAAAGAAAACCAUUACACAGUCAGGAGUUUGUUUCCAAGUGUAGCAAGCAUACUGGCAAGGAUCUUAUCAUGUAUUGUGAAACAUGCAAUAAUCUGAUAUGUACAACUUGCAUUGCUAAAGACCACAGAAUGCACCCUGUAAUAGAACUUAAUGAAGCUUCAGACAAAAGUAAACAACAUGCCACAGAACUUCUAGAAGAAGUAAGACAGAGUAUCACAACCUUCAACAUUGCUAUUCAAGAAAUAGACAUGUCCCAUAAGACAUUAAACUCUAUGUUUGCUGCUACCAAAGAGAAAAUCACAAAGAAGGCUGAUGAGAAGAUUGCCAAGGUGGCUGCCAGGAUCAGAGAGGAGAAGCAGAAACUGAUGCAAGAGGCAGAACAGAUUUAUAAAGACAGAGUCAAGACAAUGAAAACUGCACGAGCUACAAACAGCAAAGAGAAAAACAAAGCAAAGCUCAAGCAGGAUGAGGUAAUUCAACUCAUGGAUCAACGGAUCAAGAUUGUACAUCACAUAGAACAACUCUUGCAAAACCUCAAAGAAUACAGAGAGAAGAAAUCAACAAAAAUACCUAAUGGGUUGGCUUAUAUGGACUUUAAAGAAGGCCAGAACUCACUAGGGAGACUGGUACUGAAAUAUGAACAACAAGUAGAAUCAGCAACUUCUGCUCAGGCUAGAAAGCCAACAUCACUAUCAAGGAAACACUUAAAUCAAAAUAAAUGGACAUUAAAAACAGAAAUUUCUAAAUACAAGAACAAAAACCAAAAGAUGGUGAGGAUGCGUGCAAGAGAUGUUGCUGCAUACUCUAAUAGUGAUAUUGUUGUUCUAGAUCAAUACCGUAGCUUGAUUAUAAUACCAGCAGAGAGCAACCCUCAAUCCUAUGUUGUCUCACAAGAACUAUCAAUCCAAGGACUUACAGGACCAAGCAGAGUGACUGUGAAUAAGAAUGAUGAGCUCAUUGUUCUAGAUGAUGAAACAGUCAAGAUCUUCAACAGCAAUUAUAAGCUCCUCCAUCAGGUCAAUCUAGGCAGUAGACCAUCAUGUAUUGCAGUGGAUGACCACAAUCUGAUAACAGUGGGUUAUGAAGACAAGGCAGAGAUCUCUCUACACAAACCAGAUGGAUCCCUCAUAAGAACACUGCCUGCUCCAGGGAUUCGUGGAUUCUUGACUACCUACAAACAGCGACUCAUCUACACCAACUGGGGUGGGAGGAAGUUAGUAUCAGUAACCUACAAGGGUAAUACGGUAUUCUCAGUAGAUUUCAAUCAGUCUGGGUUGCUUAGUGGUGUGUGUAACUGUGAAGAGGAUGGAAGCAUCUAUGUUGCUGUAGUAGAAGGACUAUUCUCAUCAAUCCAACAUUACAGUCCUGAUGGCAAGCACAUUGGAUGUAUCAUCAAUGAUUGUGAUGAUCACUAUGGUCUCACAUUCACACCAGCUGGUGAUCUGGUUGCGGCUACAUCCAACUCAGUUCAUAUCUAUCAGCAUGAAUAAAGAACAUCAACGAACAUUAUGCUGGACCACAAUCACAAUAACUUUCGAGCUGAGAUAAACAUUUCGACAACACAUAAAUUACAACUGUCACCAUUAGAUGAUCAGUUGUAUCGUUUAUAAAUAAUAGUCAGUUCUGUGGUUUAUCAGUUUACAUAGUAUAUAAUUAUAAAAGUUCAAUCAAAUUUAAAUCCUUUGAGGUUUUGUUGUGGGAUUUCUGUGACUUAACAACCCCUCUAGCAACAGUAAUACUCAUCAAAACUUUAGUGAGAGGCAUACGUUGGUAAUCAUUUAUAAAAUUAUUGGUACUAUAAACUUUCAGCUAGUAGUAAAGCAGAUUUUGAUUCUAUGAAGCAUUUUGAGAAGUUAUGUGGUCAAGAAAAAUAUGUCAGUAUUUAAACACCUACCUGCUCGGAAUGUUUUCAACAGAAAUGGUAUUGUAACUUGUUUAUAACGCACUUGUUCACCAUUUUAAUGUAAUUUUGAU